CUUCAGAGAGCUCACUGAGCUCUCCGCGCAUUGUUAUGGAGUGAGCGGAGCUCUGAAGUGGGCUCGAUCGAGUCUGUGUAUAGUUUCCAGCAAAUGCAGAGCUCCUCCUCCCCUAAGAUGAGGUAGUUGAUAAGACUGAGUCUUGCUUAAUCACACAUUUCUCGAGUCCUCCGAGAAGUCCUGUCAUGCAUGCAAUAUCGUUGCGCGUCUGACCUCUCCUCUUUUUAAGUACGAUAACGGGUCUUUUUUGUUUGUUAUUGCGCGGCAUGGGAGAUCCGAGUGAGCCCACCAUGGUACAUAAGUCGACUUCGUUCAGCAUCAAGAGCCUUCUGCUCCCAUCCAAGUUUGACAGCCCGGACGGAAAUGAGGGUGCGGAGAGGCGCAGCAGCAGCCCGGCUCCGGUGCAGGAUUUACACAAUCCGCCGGAACCAGCCGAAAUGGAUUCCGUGCUUCUGAAAAAGGAACAAAGAGAGGCGGAAGAACCGAAAAAGGCAAAAAACGGGAAAUUCGACAAGCCGCCGUUCAGCUACAACGCGCUCAUAAUGAUGGCUAUCAGACAGAGUCCCGAAAAGCGCCUCACUCUGAACGGCAUCUAUGAAUUCAUCAUGAAAAAUUUCCCGUAUUACCGGGAGCACAAACAGGGCUGGCAGAACUCCAUCAGGCACAAUUUGAGUCUCAAUAAAUGCUUCGUGAAAGUUCCGCGGCACUACGACGACCCGGGGAAAGGGAACUAUUGGAUGCUGGAUCCCUCCAGCGACGAUGUGUUCAUCGGCGGAACCACCGGGAAGCUCCGGCGCCGGUCGGCAACCUCAAGGGGCAAGCUGGUGAUGAAAAGGGGCCUCCGUUUUGCGCCCCUUGGACUGGGCGAACGCCCGAGUAACCCGCUAUACUGGCAGCUGUCUCCGUUUUUACCCUUGCACCAUUCGCACUAUAACGGGUCCACGCAUGGAUUUCUAAACCAGGGACACGCGUAUGGAUCUUUACUCUCGAGCGUCGAGCCGCUCGGGAACGGGGAUAUGUCUCGCUCUAUUCUGGGAACCUCUACGGGUAGUAUUAACCUGUCAAACGGAUACGGCGUCUCACCGCCGUCCGCCUCGGCUGGAAUACUAUCAGGGCACAAUGGAUACUACGUAACGGGAGCGCAGCAGGCGCAAUCGCUGCCGAGCGCACCCGGAUACGGAAUUUCCAGUUCUCCGUCCCCUCUCCUGUCUGAUUCCCUAAGAACUAGUUUACCGUCCUUCACAUCGCCCCUUUCUAGUGGACUUUUGUCUCAACAUAAACGGGUCGCGCCCAAUUCUUUCCUUAGCUGAGCGUUACGCGCGCUCUCCAAUUGAAAUAUCCAAACCAACACGAUAAACUUUCCUCGAAAACAUCGCAACGAAACAUGUAGCUCUCCCUUUGUGUGAGGACUAUUUAUGUCUGUCGGGAUGUUUUUUUUGUUUUUUCUAUUUAAGAUCAUUUUGUAAUGGUAUGUUAUGCCAAAUGCAGUAACUGUAUAUGUUUUUUUUUUCCUUUUUUUUUAAUUUUUUUUUUUUAAGUAUUAUUUAUAGUUCGAUCAUUUUUUUUGUGAAUGGUUUUGUAUUUAUUAACAUAUUGUAGCUAUUAUGUUUUGUAUCCCUUGGUACUGUGGGAUAUUGUUAUUAUUAGACGGUCGGCACAUAUUAUAUCGUUGAGUAUCGCUAAUUCCUCUGUUUUAUUUAACAUAUUGUCCCAAACUGUUAUUGCGCCUUAACAUAUUAAAUCAGGGUUUGAUAACAGGUAGAGCGUCUUUGGACUGUCUCAGGUGUGCGUUCUGACAAUGAAAAAAUAUUAUGAUGAUGAUAAAAAAAAAACUAAUAAAAAAAACAAAACAACAAAAAAAAAAAACUGUGCAAACUUGGAAAAUGGUGAAAUAUAAUAUGCAAUGUUUUAUAAAUUUGCCUGUCGGCUAGGUCGAGUCUGUGAGUGUGAGCCUUUGUCUAAGUCAUAAAAUGACUCGCAAAGAUAAGAUACUGAAUUAAAGUUUUAAAGCACUGGUUAAAAUGAACCCUGUGGGUGCUGUGAGUUUAGAUAUCUGUACAUACUGUCACCUAAAAUGCUGUUUUGUGAUAUAACAGGACUUUUUUGUGGGUGGGGUGGGGGCAUCUCGGGCCCUUUGCAAUAGAAAUCAGGGUUUUUUGCAUUGUUUUACCUGUGGAAGUGGUUCAUCACCAAAGACAUAAUACAUUUCACAUUCAUGCAUACUGAUUUGAUUUUAAGCAUUGGUAAAACGAACCCCCGAACUCUAUGUGCAAACAGGCGCUUAUUUGGUGACUGAUCAGAAAUGUGAUUUCUAGAACUGUUUGUUGUCCUUUCUAACCAACAUGUGAUUUUAGAGUUUUGCACCUUUAGUUGCCAUAUUUAUUUAAUGUGCGGCAUUUGUAUUAGUUUGUUGUUGUUGUUGUUUUCUUGUAUAUAUUGCCUGAACUUGAGUUCAGAACAAAGAAAUAAAGUAUCGAAAUAUUUCUGUAUGAA